AUGUGUAAUACACCGGCUUACUGUGACCUAGGAAAGGCUGCCAAGGAUGUCUUCAACAAAGGAUAUGGGUUUGGCAUGGUCAAAAUUGACCUGAGAACCAAGUCUUGCAGUGGAGUGGAAUUUUCUACUUCUGGUCAUGCUUACACUGAUACAGGGAAAGCAUCAGGCAACCUAGAGACCAAAUAUAAGGUCUGUAGCUAUGGACUUACUUUCACCCAAAAAUGGAACACAGACAAUACUCUUGGGACAGAAAUCUCUUUGGAAAAUAAGUUGGCUGAAGGGUUGAAAUUGACCCUUGAUACCAUAUUUGUACCGAACACAGGAAAGAAGAGUGGAAAGUUGAAGGCCUCCUAUAAAAGGGAUUGUUUCAGUCUUGGCAGCAAUGUCGAUAUAGAUUUUUCAGGACCAACCAUCUAUGGCUGGGCUGUGUUGGCCUUUGAAGGUUGGCUUGCUGGCUAUCAGAUGAGUUUUGACACAGCCAAAUCCAAACUGUCACAGAAUAAUUUCGCCCUGGGUUAUAAGGCUGCAGAUUUCCAGCUGCACACUCAUGUGAAUGAUGGCACUGAGUUUGGAGGGUCUAUCUACCAGAAGGUUAAUGAGAAGAUUGAAACCUCAAUAAACCUUGCUUGGACGGCUGGCAGUAACAACACCCGUUUUGGCAUUGCUGCUAAAUAUAAAUUGGAUUGUAGAACUUCUCUCUCUGCUAAAGUAAAUAAUGCCAGCCUGAUUGGACUUGGUUAUACUCAGACUCUUCGACCAGGAGUCAAACUGACCCUGUCAGCUUUGAUUGAUGGAAAGAACUUCAAUGCAGGAGGUCACAAGGUUGGGCUGGGAUUUGAACUAGAAGCUUAAUGUAGUUUUGAGUAAAGCAAUCAGAUUUGGCCCUGGAGGUGAAGACAAAUGAGCCCACUAUGUUUUGGCCUUAAAAUUCUUCUGUGAAAUUUCAAAAGUGUGAACUUUUUAUUCUUCCAAAGAAUUGUACUCCUCCCCACAUUGGAGUCUAGAGAUUGCAAGUCCAUCCUAAGGGAGGUACUUGAAGGCAUGCAUGGAAGUUGUCAUGUUUGUGCCACAUUUCAGU